GCCGACGUGACGACCAAACAAACCGCGGGCGCGCGAGCGGGCGUGCCUCGACGAGGCCGGUCCGCCGGCGAUCGAUCGAUCAUGCAGCGCGACGGCUCGGGCUCGGGAGCGCUGGUGGACCUGCGGCAGAUGGCUGCCGAGCUGGAGCGGCAGUUCGCGGGGUACAAGCAAGGGCUCGCCGAGCGGAACAACGGCAACAACGGCAGCGCGCACGACGACGCUCCCGCUUACGACGACACUGGCGGUGGUGUCGGCUACGGUGGCAUGGAGGAGGCGGAGGUGGGUGUUGGCAGCGGCGACGUGAGGGGCAGGAUGUACGAGGCGUACGUGCGGAGGAGGGACGAGCGGCUGCGGGACGGAUGGCGCGCGCGCAUGGAGCGCAAGGAGGCCGAGGUCAAGGCUCUCUGGGCGCAGCUCGAGCUCGGAGGCCGCGCAGGCGUCAUCGGCGGGGAGACGGCUCCCGCCGGUGGCACGAUGGACGACGACACGGCCGGAGAGGAGCAGGGGAAAACUGAACGGAGCAACGACGACAAGAGAAGAAGCUCGAACGCCGCUCUUGCUCCGAGGAGGAUCUCCGGCAAGAAGCACGCGCACACCAGGAGCUUCUCGUCGUCCGCCGCCACGAGCAGGAACCGCACCGACGUGGGGAGGCGGCGGGCGCUGUCGCAAGAACCGCCGCCAUCAGAGACACACGCCGCCGGUGACGCCGGCAAGUACAGCCAAGCGCGGUCGGCCGGCGACGCGACAGCCACAGCCACAGACAUACCGACGCCGAGACCGAAGACGUCCUCGAGGCGCAAAACCUCCGUGAAAGGGCACGCCUUCGCGAAGCCGGCGGGGAAGAAGCUGCCGCGCUCGCUGCCCCGACGGGCUAGCUCCGGCGGCCUCGAGGAUCUCGACAGGGAGAUGGUCCUGCCGAACGCGGAUGCCGCCGCGCCGGUGCAGAGCCGCUUAAGCGAGCAGAUUGCUCAUGGCGAAACCCCGAAGGUUUCUCCGCCGAGGUCGUUCGUCGUCAGGGGUGACAGUAGCGGCGGCACCGGUGCAGCGAACGCGCGAGCCGCCUUGCCAGGGUCAGAUGGCGGCGAGGUGGUCGAAGCUGUGCCAGACGGAGAACCUGGAGCGAAAGACGCUGACGUCGAGAAAUGCGGUGAUGAGAACGUGGACGCCUCUCCUGACAAGCUUUGCAAUACCCACGGAGAGAUUCCCAGUGAGUCAGACACCGAGCCGAGCUACGUCUACGUCAACAAGGACGCCGUCGAGGAGCAAGCCAUGAGCCUUCCUGAACCUUUAGCUCCUUCCGAUGCUGAGCCGGAGUUCUGUGUGAAGACCAACCAAGAGAAUGCCGAACAGACGACGGCGCCAACCGACGCAACUGCCGCAGAAAUCGCGACGACGAAUGCAGAAGAAGCACCGGCAAGAAAGAGCUCCGACGAGGCCUCUUUCUCCGGCAGGUCAGGGGGCACACCUCCCAACAGCGCGCAGCCAUCAUGCAGCUCUCGGGAUCAGUCCAUCGAGAGGCUGCUCGAAGCAGACGCCGCUCUCCUGCGGAAGAAGCGCGAAGAACGCGCCGAGAAGAGCGCACCGAGGACUCCGGGCAGCGCGGGCAGCAGGGUCUCCAGCACGGCGCGGUCGCCGAGAGAGACGGUGAGGGGAUUCAAGAGGUUCCUGAGCUUCGGGAAGAAGAACAGAGGCAAGGAGGUCACCAUCAUCGACUGCACGUCGCCGUCGGUGCCCUCGCUAGCCGAUGACGACAGCACGAGCGGAGGGUGGCAGUCCGCUGAUUCGAUCAAGCCCAGGAUGGGCUCCUCAGAUGCUGCCUCUGAUUAUACGGACCAUGGCUAUCCGGUAUCUCCACGAGCAGCUUGCUCUUUGCAAAGCCUUGUAGCCGUUUCUCCUGCGAAGUCCGAACUGGGUGAGAUAGUUCCACAAGAGAAAUCACCAAAAGCUCAUCGAUCAUUCUUCUCAUUUCGAUCGAGACUCAACUGUGGUAGGGGUUGAUUCAAGGCGUGGGAAAUGUAGUUACUGUAAAUUUUGGGAAUAAGGAUUUCGAAAUUAGGUUGCUGCAUGCCACGUGUUGUUGCCUUGUCUGUCGUCUGUAAAAGUUUGUGAUGAAAUCUGUU